AUGUCUGGUCGGCGCCAGUGCCUUGGCAAAGGCUUCGCCAUCCCUACACUCGGCUUCACCAACCACCUUCAAGUUUCCUCUACCAAGUUCUCCUUAUCAUUAUACCACGACCGCGCUAUUUCACGCUCGUCGCCGCUGCCUGCUGCAUCCGUCGCGACACCUUCCUCUACUUCGCUCCUGCUGCGAGCUCAGACAAGCUCGUCCAACCCCGCGUUUGGCCUUCCAGCAAAUGCCGACGCUGGUCUUCAUCGGUUUCUUUCUCCUUGCAUUCAGAAGUCGGCGAGAUCUGGAACAGCUGACAAAGUGCAAUAUGUUGGGAUUAUCGCAGAGGGCUCCGCGGUCAAGCAGCGGUUUGUGUGGUGCAGUGUGUUCGUGGUCUUCAUGUCGCUUGGCGGCUGA